AUCAAAGGGCCUGAGACUGUGCUGCUCCGCGAAGAUGGUCUUAUGAUUGCCCUCAUCAAGAACGGAUCAAUUGCCGAGUUGGAUGUGGCAUCGAACACAGUCAAUGAAUGGGCAUAUACUGGUGGUCGAUGUCUGGGUGGUGCAUUCGACAAGAACGGAGAUCUCAUUGCAGCCCAG